GUGAUUGGCCAGGCGCUAGCAGCGCGAGACUACAUGUAAGGCACUAAACGGGUGCGUGUAGAGAGGAAGUUUAUCCACGUGUAGCGUUAUGACUUAUCAGUGCAGCUACACCGUCGAACCUGGCAGCAGUGAGGGCCAAAAGUGUAACGCUGUGGUGAAGAGAGAUGGUGUGCUUGCAUCAGUCUUCUGUCGAAUUUCACAGUUUUGGCCAGUCCGUCUUGUGGUGCAUGGUGUUCGGAACUUGUGGUGGUUCUUUGGCUUUUCCUCCCCUGGAAAGGCCCCUUCUGCUCCACCUGAAGCAGACAGAAGCUCUCCCAGUGCACGCCAGUGUCGACUAGGGCGAAAGCGUCUAGGAAGAACCACACGUUUGCUGCUCACGAUCCUGCCUCGGCCGCUCCAGAGAGCUCUCGGAUACUCGGUGUGCACCAGCAUCGGCUGCUCUGUGUCCCCAGACGUGCGCUGUUCACCCACUAAGCCCUGUGGGAAAGGCAGCAAAAGGAAGCAGGAUGAUAUGGAUGAGGAUGAGGAGCUGGAGCAGCAGUCUUGGGUUGAGGCACUCAACCAGGAACUGACCGAGGAGGACCAGUCUGUCGAUCCUGACUAUGAACCCAGUGCUGUUGAGACUGAUAGCGAGGAGUACCGGUCCCACAAUGAUACAGAGAGUGACAUCGAGGUGGAGAAAGGUGUCGUUGUGAUCCAGGAUCUGGAGGCUGUUCAGGAAACUCCCCACUGAGGCAGUGUCAUGGCAGUGUGGAAUGUGUCGCAUGUAUUUAUAAGUGUUGAUCUGUCCAGGCGAAGAGCCUCCAGGCUUGAUGCUUGCUCUUAUGUUUUUCUAUGUGCUUUUUUUUCUGAAAUAAAUGCUUUGUUUACUCUUUCA